UCGUCAACGAUUGCUGUAAUGAAUUCGAACACGGAAAACGGAAAAGUGAAAACACUCCCCAAAGUUUUUCCCAUCAUUGCAAUUAAAAGCGCAUCUGUAAAAGUAAGAAAAAAAAAAAAAAGUAAAACCCGGACGGACCCCUCUUUUGUUUUCACUUUAAAAUUUCUGGUCAAGCCUUUCUUUCUUUGGGUCCCUCUGCCAAAACAAACACUCUUUCAACUCCACCCUCUCUUGCUCUGAUCAAACCCCAAAUCUUCUAGGUUUUUGUUUCACUUGAAUUUUCAUUUUUAUUUGCUUUAUUUGUUGGGUUUCGUUAUUUUUUGGGGUUAGAGAUGAGUUCGAGCUCGGAUUUGGUGAGUUUUGUUGAAUCGGUAUUGGGAGUAUCGUUAGGGGGUUCUGUAUCGGAUUCUAUGAUAGUGAUCGCAACGACGUUGUUGGCGGUGAUUCUGGGGCUCUUGGUUUUUCUCUGGAAAAAUUCGGCUUCUGAUCGGAGCCGUGAUGUCAAGCCGUUGGUUGCUCCUAAGCCUGUUUCACUCAAAGGUGAUGAAGAUGAUGACGCCGUUAUCGCUGCCGGUAAAGCUAAAGUUACCAUUUUUUACGGCACCCAGACUGGAACCGCUGAGGGAUUUGCUAAGGCUUUAGCUGAAGAGAUUAAGGCAAGAUAUGAGAAAGCAGCUGUCAAAGUUGUUGACCUGGAUGAUUAUGCUGUGGAUGAUGAACAAUAUGAAGAGAAGCUCAAAAAGGAGACUUUGGCUUUUUUCAUGGUGGCCACUUAUGGAGACGGCGAGCCAACUGAUAACGCUGCUAGAUUUUACAAAUGGUUUACUGAGGGAAAUGAAAGGGAGCCCUGGCUUCAACAACUCAUAUAUGGUGUUUUUGGCUUGGGUAACCGUCAAUAUGAACAUUUUAAUAAGAUAGCAAAGGUGCUUGAUGAGCAACUUUCUGAACAAGGUGCGAAACGCCUUAUUGAAGUGGGUCUUGGUGAUGAUGACCAAUGUAUUGAAGAUGAUUUUACUGCAUGGAGAGAAUUGCUAUGGCCAGAGUUAGAUCAACUGCUUAGAGAUGAAGAUGAUGAAAAUACUGCCUCUACCCCAUAUACAGCUGCUAUUCCUGAAUAUAGAGUAGUGAUUCAUGAUCCUGCUGUGAUGCACAUCGAGGAUAAUUACUCAAAUAGGGCAAAUGGGAAUGCUUCAUGUGACAUCCAACAUCCAUGCAGAGUUAAUGUUGCUGUUCAGAGAGAGCUCCACAAGCCUGAAUCUGACCGCUCUUGCAUACAUCUGGAGUUUGACAUAUCAGGGACUGGUAUCAUAUAUGAAACUGGAGAUCAUGUUGGUGUUUAUGCUGAUAAUUGCAUUGAGACUGUCGAGGAAGCUGCAAGAUUAUUGGGUCAACCUCUGAAUUUGCUGUUUUCUAUACACACCGACAACGAGGAUGGUACAUCCCUUGGAAGCUCAUUGCCACCUCCUUUUGCUGGUCCCUGUACACUUCGAUCGGCAUUGGCACGAUAUGCAGAUCUCUUAAACCCUCCACGGAAGGCUUCUUUGAUUGCCUUGGCUGCUCAUGCCACUGAACCCAGUGAAGCAGAAAGACUUAAGUUCUUAUCAUCACCGCAGGGGAAGGAUGAGUACUCACAAUGGGUUGUUGGAAGUCAGAGAAGUCUUCUCGAGGUUAUGGCUGAGUUCCCAUCAGCAAAACCUCCCCUUGGUGUAUUUUUUGCUGCUGUAGCCCCUCGUUUACAACCUCGUUAUUAUUCUAUCUCAUCCUCCCCGAGGUUUGUACCCCAUAGAGUUCAUGUAACCUGUGCAUUAGUUUAUGGUCCAACUCCAACUGGCAGAAUUCACAAGGGUGUGUGUUCAACCUGGAUGAAGAAUGCAGUUCCUCUGGAGAAAAGCAAUGAUUGUAGCUGGGCUCCUAUUUUUAUCAGGCAAUCUAAUUUUAAGCUACCAGCAGAUCCUUCAGUUCCAGUUAUAAUGGUUGGACCUGGGACUGGAUUGGCACCUUUCAGAGGUUUUCUACAGGAAAGAAUGGUUCUUAGAGAAGAUGGUGCUGAACUUGGUCCAUCUCUACUCUUUUUUGGAUGUAGGAAUAGGCGAAUGGAUUUCAUUUAUGAGGAUGAGCUCAAUAACUUUGUGGAACAAGGUGCUCUGUCUGAGCUCAUCGUUGCAUUCUCACGAGAGGGGCCACAAAAGGAGUAUGUGCAACAUAAGAUGAUGGAUAAAGCAGCAUAUUUUUGGAGCCUAAUCUCUAAGGGAGGAUAUCUUUAUGUAUGUGGUGAUGCGAAGGGUAUGGCAAGAGAUGUUCAUCGCACCUUGCACACUAUUGUUCAGGAGCAGGAAAGCGUGGAUUCAUCAAAGGCAGAGUCUAUGGUGAAGAAACUCCAGAUGGAAGGACGAUAUCUUAGAGAUGUCUGGUGAUGGUGGCCAUUUUUAUUUUCUCUUUAGUUCAUUAAAACAUCCAUGCCCAAUGUGGUGGUGGAUUUAUUUUCUAGUUCUAUCUUCUUUCCCUGGUUCAUCUCUGCCCAUCCGGGAUAAAAACAGCCGGUUGGAUGCUGUAGUAGCGGAAACAUAAACUGGUUUCAUCUUGUGAUAGGAGCCAUCUGCUAGAUGUUAAUCCACCUUUCUCUUUCUUCUUUUCUAAUCUCAAAUAAUACACUGAAUAUAGAAGGAUCAUUUGCUUUUAGACUUCCCCCGUCUCCAUUCAAAAUUCAACAAGGGAACAGUAUAAUAGCUAGUUACAAGGAUGUCAAAACAUAGUCAAAGCUGUUUUCAGGUUAUUCGGGAUGGUCAUCGUUCUAGUGUUUGUAGUGAAAAAAAUAAAACUGGAUGUUUGGCUAUUUUAUGGGAUGGUCAUCAUUCAAGUAUUGUCUCUUAAACUAGAAAAACUAAGGCCUUGUUUGGAUUGUGAAUAAAAAAGGAGGAAUUAAAUGAGAAAAAUAGAAAAUGUUAUUUUCCAUAGUUUGUGAAUAACUAUUGUGUCAGGUCAUGGUUUCUACUUGGAAAACUAUAUUUUUCUCAAAACAUUUUUGUCCAAAAGGAAAUCUAAAAUGAACACCAGCAGUUGUUUGAUGUCUAUUCAAUAGAACAUGUGAGCAUCUUUUUGAUAACUGUGUUAAGGCCAGCGAUGCUUUGUCGGAUUCAGGGCCU